UAUUGGCGCGCUCUAGCAUGUAUUUGCAUAUUUCCGUUAGGGAAAGCCUAUUAUGUGAAGUGCGCCGUGUGCAAUACCUCAAUUCGCCCUUGCGUUCCUUCUAAAGAAAGCAAAAGGCAAAGUCUACAACACUUAGUCCACUCUGUUCGUAACAGAUUAUAGUUUUGAAAACAGAAAACUGUAUUGAGAUCAACUGUUUCAUCGAUGACAAAAUUAGAGGAAUAUCGGCCAAAAUCCAUCUCGCUCCAUCUUCUCCCACUGUCGUCCACUGGGCUUCCUAUCAUCACCAUAUUUGUUAGAUCAUUAUAUGAAAACUCCAAUCUGGAUCGCAGCGCUAACAACAGGAAGAAGAUAGAGGAAUUCUCUAGGUCUUCUCGUGACAAACUGGUCCAGUCGAAGAACAAAAUGUUCUCCAAAUUUACAUCGAUUCUACAGCACGCAGUCGAGGCGCUUGCACCUUCACUGCCCUUGCAGGAGGACUUUGUGUAUCACUGGAAAGCCAUCACACAUUACUACAUAGAGACAUCAGAUGACAAAGCACCUGUGACAGACACCAACAUCCCGUCCCAUCUGGAGCAGAUGCUGGACAUCCUGACGCAGGAGGAGUCAGAGAGAGAGUCUGGAGAGACUGGGCCCUGCAUGGAGUACCUGCUGCACCACAAGAUCCUAGAGACCCUCUUCACCCUGGGCAAGGCCGACUGUCCUCCGGGAAUGAAGCAGCAGGUUCUGAGUUUUUACACCAAGCUGCUAGGACGCAUUCACCAGCCUCUUUUGCCCCACAUCAAUGUCCAUAGACCUGUACAGAAACUCAUCCGUCUGUGUGGAGAGAUCCUGGCUGCUCCCACGGAGAACGAGGAGAUCCAGUUCCUCUGCAUUGUCUGUGCCAAACUAAAGCAGGACCCCUACCUCGUUAACUUCUUCCUGGAGAAUAAAGUGAAGAGGCCUGACCCAAAGAGGCCUGGUGUAGAGGGGGUUAGGGAGGACUUGGCUUCACCAGACACAGGUCAGCCCCAGGCAGAGGGACAGGCAGCUGAAUCACCUGAGGAGCCCAAGUCUGCUGCUGCCCAGUCCAACAACAACAACUACAACAUAGUCACGUCUCUCCUCAACCUCACCAAGAGUCCGGAUGGCAGGAUAGUGGUGAAGGCAUGCGAGGGCCUCAUGCUGCUGGUCAGUCUGCCUGAGCCGGCCGCGGCCAAGUGUCUGACGGAGAACACUGAGCUCUGUGAACUCUUGACUGACAGACUGUCAGCAUUCUACAAGGCUCUCCCCAUGUCCAUGGAUCCCCUGGACAUUGAGACAGUGGAGUCUGUCAACUGGGGACUGGAUGUGUAUAACAUGAAGGAUGAUGCUGCCAUCUUCACUGGGAAGCGAGCACUCAUCUCCUUCCUAUCUUGGCUCGAUUACUGCGACCAGCUCAUCAAAGAGGCUCAGAAGACGGCGGCUGCAGUGUUGGCUAAAGCAGUGAGAGAGAGGUUCUUUGUGGCGGUCAUGGAGCCCCAGCUGAUGCAGACGUCGGAGGUGGGCAUCCUGACCUCCACGGCGUUGCUUAACAGGAUCAUCCGCCAGGUGACCUCGGAGGCCUUGCUGCAGGACAUGGUCUACUUCCUCCUAGGGGAGGAGAAAGGACCAGAGACCCUAGCCAGCAUUGCCCAAAACCCCCUCCGACACAGACUCAUAGAGCACUGUGACCACCUGUCAGAUGAGAUCAGCAUCAUGACCCUGCGUCUGUUUGAGCAGCUGAUCCAGAAGCCCAACCAGCACAUCCUCCACAGUCUGAUGCUACGCAGCCUGGAGGAGAGGAACUACCUGGAGAACAAGCCCCAGGAGGAGAGGGAGCCCGUGGAGAACGGCCAGCCCCACGACUUCAUAGACCUUGAAGAGGACCCUCUGUUUGUCGACGACUUCUCUCCAGAGAACAGGUUGUCCAGCCCUGAUUGGUUGAGCAACUCCCCAACACACAGUCCUUACCACGCUAAGCCUGAUGGAAAGACAGAGGUCCACAAGAUUGUAAACAGUUUCCUGUGUUUGGUGCCUGAUGAAGCCAAAUCCUCGUCUCAUGUGGAGGGAACGGGUUAUGACACCUACCUAAGAGACGCACACAGACAGUUCAGGGACUACUGUGGGAUCUGUCAGAGAUGGGACUGGCGCGGCACCCCCAAGGCCAUGGAGAAGUGUGACCUGGACAGUCCCUUCUUCGAGGGCCACUUCCUCAAAGUCCUCUUCGACAGAAUGGGCCGUAUUUUGGAUCAGCCUUAUGAUGUGAACCUGCAUGUGACGUCAGUGCUAUCCAAGCUGUCUCUGUUACCCCACCCACACAUUCAUGAGUACCUGCUGGAUCCCUACAUCAACCUGGGCCCCGGCUGCAGGUCCCUCUUCUCCGUCAUCGUCAGGGUGGUUGGGGACCUCAUGUUGAGGAUUCAGCGCAUCCCAGACUUCACACCCAAACUCCUGCUGGUAAGAAAGAGACUGCUUGGUCUCGAACCAGAGGGUCUGAACAUCGACCACAUGACCCUGCUGGAGGGGGUGAUUGUACUGGAGGAGUUCUGCAAGGAGCUGGCUGCCAUUGCCUUUGUCAAGUUCCACGCGUCUGCCUCCACCUCCCCCUAAUCCAACCGGCCAGACAGGCCAGGACUGGGGUGGGGGGAGGGGAGUGCGGGCAGGGAGAGGACAGGAUCAACAAACGACUGGUUACUUUCCACUGGUCAUCCCUAAAAUCGAUUGUGCCCCAAAGACAUACUGUAAGCAGGAUAUGUUUCAUCAAAUGUCUUGGGACUACAGAUAAAGCAUUUUGCCCCAUGCCCUAACCAGAACAACAGUAAGGCUGGCAAUCUGGGGCUAGAGGCUUUCAGGGUGAGGAAGAGGAUGUGUGGAUGGAUGCGGUAGGAGAGGGGACAUUCUCAAGAUGGUUUGAGCUGGGCAAGGCCUGCAGAGUCCCUGCGUGCUCUCUCUCUCUCUCUCUCGCCUUUCUGUCUUUCUCGCCAACCUAAACAAAUAUGAUCACCCCUUCACUAUGUGUGUCAUAGGGAGAGAAAUGUGUUUUCUGUAUGUGUGUAGUAAUUUAAUUUUUUUUCAUACUCUGCUGUUUGUAAGCGUCAAUGCCUUAGUGUUGGAUUAUUACGCCUUUUCAGUCACUCUUUCAGGAGGUUUGUUUCCUAGUGAAACAUUUUAUCUUUAGCCCACAUCUCUAAUAUAUUCUUCUUCUGUCAGAUUAUCAAUGUCAAAUCACAAAAAAUCUGUGGACAAGAUAGCCCCUCUAAUUAGCACCCAUAUUGCUUACCAAAAUCAGGUAAUUCACCCGAUUCGUUAAAAAGAAAAGUACAUACAAUACAAUGUAAAAUGUUCUUAUUUAACAAACAAAAAAUGUAUGGAGAAGUUCACUGUAGUGUCUGAGAUAAUAAGAUACUAGUCACGGUGUGGCAGAAGUGGAAAGUCCCUGUAUUUAUUUUCACAGUUUCUUUCAGGUUGCCUUUUUAACUGUCAGAUAUGCAUUUUUAAAGAAAGAAAGAACCAUUUUUAACCAAUUUAAUAGACAAGGUAGACAAGGAACUCUCAAUGCAACUUAAUUUGCAGAAAAUGUGUCAAGUUUUGAAUUGUCCCUGACUAGUAAACUUCACCGUGGAGAUGUUCGUGUUAACAUUGCUCAGGCUACCUACCUAACCAUGUCAAUGGUUGUGUAUUUCUCAUUGUUUGCACCGUCAACCUCACUAGCAAUGGGAUAACAUUAUAGAGUAAUGUGACAUCACAUUGUGUAGAAUGUGGAUCCUGAAAAACAAACUGGAUUUGGACAUGGACUUCUAUGUACAUUUGCACUCAUUACAUAUAUCAGAAUCUUUGCUUUCUUUUUGGACCUUCGUCGGCUUUUGAGGAAAGUGACGCCGCAUUUCUUCUUCUUUUGCCUCUGUGACAAUGUUAUCGUUUAAUACAGUAAUCAUUAUUGCAGUUUCAAAAUGUUCUCUGCUACAUUGUACACUUAUGUUGUCUUUUAAUCUGUACUAGUGUAGUGGCAUGGCCAUCUUUCAGCGAUCUUACAUGUUAUUCAUUACUUGUUUAUUUAUAGGAGGUAAUCUUAAUUUUGGGGUUGGGAGGUCCUCAAAGUGGUCCUAUUACAUAAAUAAUUCUGUCUUGGUUAGCUUACAUUGUGGCAUGUAGGCCUACAUGUAAAUGUAUGGGAACACAGUACAUGAAUUUGAUAUGUUCCUUCGUAAGCUAUCAUUUUAUAAAUGCAAUUGGAUACACACAGUGUUUCCAUAAGAGGUAUUUCAUUUACCAAUAGUAUUGUUUUCCAGCAUGAUCUUUGAUGACGCAGAGGAAAGGACACUUCAUUAUUUUAAUCGGUCUGAAUUAGGGAACUACACGACAAAACCGGUGCUGGGGAUGUGUUGCUUGCCUGAACGCUUUGGGUUUGUACAUGGAUGGUGCCCAGUGUGUGUGUGGUUGUGUUAUAGGGGAUGAGUGUGUCGGUGUGUGUCUGUGUGAAUGCUUGCUGCUUGCAGGCUGGAUGAAUCUCCAUGAGGUCAGGAGUUUGAAAUACUCCACAUUAGCCGGGACACUGAACUUAGUGGCUAGAGCUGUUGUUCCUGCUAAGUUGACAGAGCAAGUUGGCUUCCCUAUACAGCACCUGGGGGAGUAUGUCACAAAAUAGGAUCCUUGUUAGCCAGCUAACUUGUUUGAAUGUUAUCUGGAUAAAUCUCUAGGAAGAUAUGGACACCUGAUUGAUUCCACGAACAACCCAUUUGACCGUUUUAGCUUUAUAAAUGAACCAGAUAAUACGUUAUUUCAUUUUGAUUAAAGUUAGCUGUCUACCUUGGUUGUCCUGCAUUGUAGUAUACCCCUCUGGCCUAAUUAUGCAAACGUUUGCAUGAAAUCAGAUUUGCACAUCGUCUUCAUUCUUGUUCAUAUGUUGUACAUAUACCAAUACUAAAAAGCUUUUUUAGUUUUUUUUUUUUUUUUUUUUGUAUCAUGAACUCCCCAAAAAAUAUUAGGAUGCACCUUUCAGGAGUGACUUGUCUACUUUAAUGGAUGAAAAACAUUUUUUUAUUCUUAAUCAUGCACAUUUUGUGAUCAACCUUUCUGUACCUGUGUAUAUAGGCUAUACGUGUACAAUAGUAAUAUUUGCCAGGUGUAAAUGCAUGCAUAUCAUUUAUUGUAAUUAUGAAAGCAGCAUCUCUCUCCUAGCCUAGGACCAAAUCUGUUUGUGCCUUUUGGACCAACUCCUAUGGCCAUUGUCACACUAAUGACCAUAGGAGUUGGGAAGACUGCACAAACAGAUCUGUGACCAGGCUCCCUUCCCAUCCAUGAUGAUUUCUUAGCAGUCAGCACUUUGCUCCUCUUCUGAAGACACUGACAAGGAAAUACAAUGAUGCCUUACUUCACAUUGUGACAUUAAUGGUUUCACUGCUUGGCUUGGGUUUGUUUGUCACACAUUGGAUGCUCUAUUUGUGAAAGGCAUACUGUAUUUCCUUGUCUGGGUGCAAGAGUCUAGUAUUCAAAAAAUCUGAUGCCAACUUAGUUUAUUUUCCUGUUCUGUAUCCGCUUAGACCAAUCACUGUAUAUCUUUGGUAAAACAUGUUUGCUGCAUUUAAUUGUUAACCUAAAACUGGGUGUGAAAUGGGUUACCUUUUUGGACUUUUUCUUGACCAGUAUGAUUUAUUCUGUGAUUAGUGCAAUGGUAUUUAAAUGUAAUAUUAAGUUGCAUGCUCAUUCCUCAUCACGCCUCUUGAUGCUCAUGAUCAGUGUCUCGAAAGUAACUAUCGCCGACAGGGUGGGUUCUUUUCUGCAGUUUCUCUCAUACACUCAGGGGCAUCACGUUUUCAUUCUCAUCUGCCAUUUCUGGUUUAUGCGUGCUACUUUUCGGUGUGUGUGAGAAAUCAUACAGGACAUUAUGGCUUUGUUUAACAUCUUCCGUCCCCAAUAAAAAUACAGCUUUAUUCAUCAA